GGCCCAAGUAUGGUGUGGCUUGCCUUCGGUGCACUAUACGAUCGCAAUUCCCGGCACAAGCUUGACGAUGCAACAACUGUGGUCAACCAAACUGCUGUCUAUAUCAUUUUUAUCUCACUGGCCGUGCUAUCGAUCCAGCCCCAUCAAGAACCCCGGUUCCUCAUUCCCCUCUUACUUCCAUUUGUUGUGCUUGUUGUAAAUCACGGCAACAUAGUCCGUGCGGGAAAGUUGUUCUGGGCAAGUUUCCAGGUCCCGGGUGAAUGUACUACCGCGGCGUUGUUCCAUCACUGUUUUACCUGCACUCGAAACUAGAAGAUACGGCAUUUGCGGGGAAUGUCCAUAUCGUGUACUGGAAAACCUACAUGCCCCCACGUCAUUUGCUAGGGGUUCAGGACCAAGAGUUCUUUUCUCGUCCGAUAGUGAUUACGGACCUUGCCGGCGCGCGACAGAAUGAUCUUCGGGACAUUUUUUAUGCGGACCUCAGCGGGACAACGUUCUUGGUCACAACCGCAGCAAUGCACUCAAGUCUUCCCCAGCCAUUGUCAGACUGCCUUGUUGUUCAACAUCGAAUAUUCCCCCACCUCGAUUUAGACCACCUAUCUGAAAGCGUGGAGGCUGGGUGGUCGGAUGGCCUUAGUCUCCUUGUAUACCUGACAGAUCAUGACUGCAUCGCCAACAGAUCGCAUUCGUUGGAAUAAUGGAUGCCCCUGCACGCUUGCCGCCAUUCACUUGGCACACGCUUGUACAUGCUCGAGCUACACAAGACUAGGCGAGGUCUUCAUAGCAUGAUGGCACAAGGCUAAAGUCACACCAGUUCUCAAUCUAGGUUAUCCGUUCUUUCUUUUGGCGACAAAGGAGCUCCUCGGCAUCAGUUUAUUUUGCGACACUUUCAUUUGUAUUAAAAUUCUUAAUUUUAUUCACCCAGCAUCAUGAACAUAUCAUUCUGC